ACUUCUUCUACCAAAAGCCGAACCCAGACCCUAGUCUUUGCCUAUGGCCACAACAGAAGCUACAGCAGCUUCUGCUGGUCCAAGAUAUGCUCCAGAGGACCCAACUCUUCCCCAACCAUGGAAGGGACUUAUUGAUGGAAGCACGGGAAUUUUGUAUUACUGGAAUCCUGAAACCAAUGUCACUCAGUAUGAAAGACCUUCUGCGCCUCCUCCACCAUUGCCAGCUGGUGCUCCGAAGCUCGCUCAGAUUCCUGUACCCUCUUCAGGACAAGGUCACCAAGCUCAGCACGAACAAGCAAAACCAGUUGGUCACGUGUCUCAGCAGCAUGGUUUACAACAACAGCCACAGCAAUAUCCAUCCCAACAUGUAAGACCCCAAAUGAUGCAGCAGCAGCAGCAGCAUCCGGGCCAGCAAAUGCCUCAACAAUCAGGUCAACAGUUUCCCCAACAACAGAGCCAAUCGAUGGUGUCGCAGCCGCAUGGGCAUCCUUCUGUACAGACUUAUCAGCCAACGACGCAGCAGCAGCAUUCACAUAUGCCUCAGCAGCAGAGCCAUCAGUAUGCACAUUCACAACAACAGUACAUGGGUUAUCGGCCUCACAUGCAACCACAAGGGUUACAAAAUUCACAUCAAACACCUCACGGUGGUCCCCAAGGUCAGCAGUUUCCGAGCCAGCAAGAGUACAACUCAUUGGUUCCAAAGAGGGAGGGGGAUGAGUUCCAUGGGGGUAAGAAAACUGGGUUUCCUCAACCCCAUUUACCAAAUUCUGAAAAUUCGCCAUCUCAAAAUACCCCCUUUGAAGCCAAUGCAGCAUCACAAAGAACGAAUGCAAACUUGGCUAUGGCUCAGAAAUUCAAUGGACCUCAAGCAAACAUGCAACAUCAUGUUGCAGUCACACAGUUUCAACAGCCAGGGUCUAACCUGAUUCACCAGCAGCUUGGACCUAGGGCUCCAAAUCAAAUGGACCCGACAAUGUUGCACCAGAAGUCUCAUGCUUCCUCUUUCCAGUCAAAUAAUACUUAUGAGAAUAAUCUACAAUCUAGACCUGGGAAUGACUCAUACGUUAACGCGAGAAUGGAAGGGCCGGUUAGGGGUGCCCAACCACUUCAUCCUGCAUCAAUGCCUAAGGAUAUAAGGAUAGGUGGUGGUCCACCUAUAAAUGCUGAUCCCGCCAUGGGGCAAGCAGGACAUGGAUCAUAUGGACUCGCUGGUCCAGCUUUUCCAAAUAAAUCCUUGGUGAGGCCUCAUUUUGCCACAUCUCCUGAUGUUCCCCAUCUCUCGACCGUUGAAAUAUACCGAAAGCAACAUGAAGUCACAACAACUGGCGAGAACAUUCCAGCACCAUACAUCACAUUUGAAUCUAGUGGUCUCCCACCUGAAAUACUUGGAGAGUUGCUUUCUGCUGGAUUUCCAUCGCCAACACCGAUCCAGGCUCAAACAUGGCCAAUUGCUCUGCAGAGCAGGGAUAUAGUUGCAAUUGCAAAAACUGGUUCUGGUAAAACAUUGGGAUACUUGAUCCCUGCCUUCAUUCUUCUAAGGCACUGUCAUAACGACUCCCGCAAUGGGCCCACAGUUUUGAUCCUAGCUCCUACUCGGGAGCUAGCCACACAAAUACAAGAUGAAGCCCUUAGGUUUGGCCGGUCUUCCAGGAUAUCAUGCACUUGUUUGUAUGGUGGAGCUCCAAAGGGUCCUCAGUUGAAAGAGUUGGAACGAGGAGCUGAUAUUGUGGUGGCAACUCCUGGGCGUCUAAAUGAUAUACUGGAGAUGAAGAAGAUUGAUUUCCAGCAGGUUUCCCUUCUUGUGCUUGAUGAGGCAGACCGAAUGCUUGACAUGGGUUUUGAACCCCAAAUCCGUAAGAUUGUGAAUGAAAUACCUCCUAGGAGACAGACUCUUAUGUACACAGCAACUUGGCCAAAAGAAGUAAGAAAAAUUGCAAGCGAUCUUCUUGUGAACCCUGUCCAAGUUAACAUAGGCAGGGUAGAUGAGUUGGCUGCUAACAAAGCAAUAACGCAGUAUGUUGAAGUAGUCCCACAAAUGGAGAAAGAGAGACGUUUGGAGCAAAUCCUUAGGUCGCAAGAACGAGGUUCAAAAGUUAUAAUAUUUUGCUCCACGAAGAGGCUUUGUGACCAUCUUGCACGUAGUGUCGGACGUCAUUUUGGCGCUGUUGUGAUCCAUGGAGACAAGACUCAAGGUGAGAGAGAUUGGGUACUUAGCCAGUUCCGAAGCGGGAAGUCUUGUGUAUUGAUAGCUACUGACGUUGCUGCCCGAGGACUCGAUAUAAAAGACAUAAGAGUUGUGAUCAACUAUGAUUUUCCAACUGGAGUUGAAGACUAUGUCCACCGUAUUGGGAGAACCGGUCGAGCUGGUGCAACUGGAGUUGCAUUCACUUUCUUUACCGAGCAAGAUUGGAAGUACGCACCUGAUUUGAUCAAAGUCUUGGAAGGAGCGAACCAGCAAGUACCGCCUCAAGUAAGGGACAUUGCAAUGCGUGGUGGUGGUGGUGGUCCUGGUUAUAGCCAGGAUCGAAGAGGUAUGGUAAACCGGUUUGACUCUGGCGGUAAUGGUAGCCGUUGGGAUUCUGCUGGUGGGUUUGGUGGGCGCGGUGGUGGGUUUGGUGGGCGUGAGGGUGGGUUUGGUGGGCGUGAGGGCGGGUUUGGUGGGCGUGAGGGCGGAUUUGGUGGGCGUGAGGGUGGGUUUGGUGGCCGUAGUGGCGGAUUUGGAAUGAGAGAUGACUCAUUUGGACGUGGCGGGAAUCGUGGUCGGGGUUUUAGUGGUCCUGAUGCUGGUCAUAUGAAUGUGGGUGGUAGAGGCGGAUUUGGUCGGUUUGGCAAUAAUAAUAUGGAUGGCCGAGGCUUUGGUCGUGGUGGUAGAGGCUUUGGUCGUGGUGUUGGACGGUUUGACAACAGAAGAGGUAGAAGUCGUAGCAGAAGUCCUGAUUUGGUUCGGCCACGGCGGCGUAGCCCGAGCUAUAGCCGGAGUCGAAGCCGGAGCUAUAGUCGUAGCCGUAGCAGGAGCUGGUCACGUUCAAGGAGUCGUAGCCCUAGACAUAGCCGUGACCGUGGUGGUCAUAACCGGAGCAGAAGCUAUAGCCGUAGUCCUAGUCCGGUUUAUGAAAGACGAGAUAGACCGCCACGUGUUUCAGGGUUUGAUAUUAAACCACCAGUUGAGUCUGUAGUGAACCUGGACAUGAAUGCCGCGGCAGCGUUUGAAACUGCAGUUCCUACGCCCUUGUCUGAGAGACAAGGGAAUGGGGUUGUUGAAUCGGAGGUGGAAGCGGCUUCAGUAAGACCAGUAGUUGAUGAACCCUAAAAGCCAAAACAUAGAAUGAUAUAAAACCUCACUAGUCAC